UCCCCAAGCCCCCUCCCCUCCAUUGGGGACCCCCUUUUAGGGCCCCCUUCCCCUCCCUCCCACGCUCCCUCCCUUUCCCUUCUCCAACCCCCUCUUUCCCCUCUCACCCCUCCCCCCAUCCUGGCCCCCCCCUGCAAAAGUGGGGUGCGGAGGGGGGAGGGGUGAGAACCCACGGAGGGGAGGAACGAAACUCCGAUGAAGUCAGAGCCCCUUACCCGCCGCCGCGGCCAGCCCCCCCCAACAUGGACUGUCUCUGUAUAGUGACAACCAAGAAAUACCGCUACCAAGAUGAAGACACGCCCCCUCUGGAGCACAGCCCGGCCCACCUCCCCAACCAGGUAAACGCCCCCGAGCUGGUGCACGUGGCGGAGAGGAACUUGUCCCACCUCGAGGCCGGCCACGGGGUCGUGGGCCACGCCCACCUCUCCCCCCUCAAGGCCAAUUCUCCUCCUGUGAUUGUCAACACAGACACCCUAGAAGCCCCGGGAUAUGUGAACGGGACGGAGGGGGAAAUGGAAUACGAGGAGAUCACGUUGGAAAGGGGCAACUCAGGUCUGGGCUUCAGCAUCGCAGGCGGCACCGACAACCCACACAUCGGUGACGACCCGUCCAUCUUCAUCACCAAGAUCAUUCCUGGCGGGGCCGCGGCCCAGGACGGCCGCCUCAGGGUCAACGAUAGCAUCUUGUUUGUGAAUGAGGUGGACGUGCGGGAGGUGACCCACUCAGCCGCGGUGGAGGCCCUCAAGGAGGCGGGCUCCAUCGUCCGCCUCUACGUCAUGCGGCGGAAGCCUCCGGCUGAGAAGCUUAUGGAGAUCAAACUCAUCAAGGGGCCUAAAGGUCUUGGCUUCAGCAUCGCGGGGGGCGUAGGGAACCAACACAUCCCCGGAGAUAACAGCAUCUAUGUGACAAAGAUCAUCGAAGGGGGUGCCGCCCACAAGGACGGGAGGCUGCAGAUCGGGGACAAGAUUCUAGCGGUCAACAGUGUGGGGCUGGAGGACGUCAUGCAUGAGGACGCCGUGGCAGCCCUGAAGAACACAUAUGACGUUGUCUACCUGAAGGUGGCCAAGCCCAGCAAUGCCUACCUGAGUGACAGCUACGCUCCCCCAGACAUCACAACCUCUUAUUCCCAGCACCUGGACAACGAGAUUAGUCACAGCAGCUACCUGGGUACCGACUACCCCACAGCCAUGACCCCCACCUCCCCUCGGCGUUACUCCCCGGUGGCCAAGGACCUGCUGGGGGAGGAAGACGUUCCCCGGGAACCGAGGCGCAUAGUGAUCCACCGGGGCUCCACGGGCCUGGGCUUCAACAUUGUGGGUGGCGAGGACGGUGAGGGCAUCUUUAUCUCCUUCAUCCUGGCCGGUGGCCCUGCGGACCUCAGCGGGGAGCUGCGGAAGGGGGACCAGAUCCUCUCGGUGAACGGUGUUGACCUCCGCAGUGCCAGCCACGAGCAGGCUGCCAUUGCCUUGAAGAACGCGGGCCAGACGGUCACCAUCAUCGCUCAGUAUAAACCAGAAGAGUACAGCCGAUUCGAGGCCAAGAUCCACGACCUUCGGGAACAGCUCAUGAACAGCAGCCUGGGCUCAGGGACCGCCUCCCUGCGGAGCAACCCCAAAAGGGGUUUCUACAUCAGGGCCCUGUUUGAUUACGACAAGACCAAGGACUGUGGCUUCCUGAGCCAGGCCCUGAGCUUCCGUUUUGGGGACGUGCUGCACGUGCUCGACGCCAGUGACGAGGAGUGGUGGCAGGCACGGCGGGUCCACCCCGACAGCGAGGCCGAUGACAUCGGCUUCAUCCCCAGCAAACGGCGGGUCGAACGACGGGAGUGGUCAAGGUUAAAGGCCAAGGAUUGGGGCUCCAGCUCUGGAUCACAGGGUCGAGAAGACUCCGUUCUGAGCUAUGAGACCGUGACGCAGAUGGAAGUGCACUAUGCUCGCCCCAUCAUCAUCCUUGGGCCCACCAAGGACCGAGCCAAUGAUGACCUUCUGUCCGAGUUCCCCGACAAGUUCGGAUCCUGUGUUCCCCAUACGACGCGGCCCAAGCGGGAGUAUGAGAUAGAUGGCCGGGAUUACCACUUCGUGUCCUCCCGGGAAAAAAUGGAGAAGGACAUUCAGGCGCACAAGUUCAUCGAGGCCGGCCAGUACAACAGUCACCUAUAUGGAACGAGCGUCCAGUCCGUGCGGGAGGUGGCCGAGCAGGGGAAACACUGCAUCCUCGAUGUCUCGGCCAAUGCCGUGCGGCGGCUGCAGGCGGCCCACCUGCACCCCAUCGCCAUCUUCAUUCGCCCCCGCUCCCUGGAGAAUGUGCUAGAGAUUAAUAAGCGGAUCACAGAGGAACAAGCUCGCAAAGCCUUCGACAGAGCCACCAAGCUGGAGCAGGAAUUCACAGAGUGCUUCUCAGCCAUCGUGGAGGGCGACAGCUUUGAGGAGAUCUACCACAAGGUGAAGCGUGUCAUCGAGGACCUCUCAGGCCCCUACAUCUGGGUCCCAGCCCGAGAGAGACUCUGACUCCCGCCCUGGUGUGGCCUGAACUCGCCCUGUCUCCGGCCCCCGGGCCCUUGGUCUGGACUGAAUUGCCCAAGCCCUGCGCACCCCCUGGCCUCCCUCCCGUCCCUUCUUAUUUAUUUCCUUUCUAACCGGAUCCAGCCCUGGAGGGGGGACACUCCCCUGCAUGUAACCCCGCACCCCAGAACUGGGCUCCUGAACCCCAGGAACCUGGGGUCUGGGGAGGAGCCGGGCUCCUGGUCCCGAGCCCGUGCUCCGUAGGACCCUAGCCCCUGCCCGCCCCCGACGCACACACACACCCACCGGGGGCCGCCUGCCCUCCCCCAUCUUCUCCCACACACAUUCCAGAAGUCAGGGCCCCCUCAAGGAGCACCCCGCUGCAGGGAUGCAGGGCCACAGGCCUCCUCUCUCUCCUGAGGCCAGGUCUGGGGUCACCCCUGCCCCCGUCAUAACUCCCCAUGUCCCUUGGUUUCGCAUUUAGUUUUUCCCAUUUUUUUUUUCUUCUCAAAGGUGGUUUUUUGGGGGGAUAAGUGGGGGGACUCUACUGUGGGCCCCCUGCCUUCCACAUGCCCCCCACCUUUUUUUCUUUGCCGGUUUGCAUGAGUGGAAGGUCUAACUGUGGCUUUUUUUUUUUUUUCCUGGGUUUUUUUUUUUUUUUUUGGGGGGGGAAGGGGGGGGGGGGGGUUUGGGGGGGGGGAAUGGGGGGGGGGGGGCCGGGGUUGGGGGUCGGGAGCCAGGGGAAGACUGGAAAUGCUGCCGCCUUCUGCAAUUUAUUUAUUUUUUUCUUUUGAGAGAGUGAACGGAAGAGACAGAUACUUGAAACCUGGUGUGUGGCCUGCUUAUUUGGGAACUGGGUGAGGAGGGAGACAGGGUGGGAGGGUAUGGAAGGGUCUGGUAGUCAGAGCUAUCUUCGUGUCAACCCAGAGAGGGGACAGUGGCCUGGAGGGGGCCUUGGAGGGAAGCUGAAAUCAGGGACGGUGGGUCAGCAGUGAAGUAGGGGCCUGGGAGGGGCUGGAGGCAUGGUGCAGUCACCGAAAGACCCAGAACGAGGAAGCCAGACCGGUGUAGGUCCCUGCCGACUUAGCCCAGCCCUGAUCACUCUCCUGGUCCUGCUGGACAGCAAAACACUCCCUAAAGGAAAACACGGAGGCAAGUUUCUUGGUUCGUGUUCAGAGCGUUCUGGACAGAGCUGGGCUCUGGCCAUGAUGUGUACAGAGGUUUGCUAGUAAGAAAUACUGUGUAAAUAUUCAUUUAUUGGAUUUCUUUAUGCCCCACCUCUAGGAAAAUGGGACCUUGAUACCAAAGAUUUAAUUAAAAAAAAAAAAAAAGAAAUGAAAAACAGAUGCAGUAGCUAUGUAGCUAUGAGAGUAAAUAUGACCUCUGAGCUUCCUGGUAGCCAGGGCAAAAAGGGAAAUGGUCC